UACCACACGCCCGCCACAAAGUAAAAUUUCAGAAGUUUCCAGUGAGAGAUAAAAUGGUGGCAAUUGCAGUAGCAGGCAUUACUACUCCAUUGACAUUCCCAUUAUUUCCCGGGUUUCGGAGAUCGAGUCGAAGCUCGCAGUUGAGAAUGAGUCAGAAAGCUGGUCACGGUGUAAUAACUGGCAAAUUCGAACUAAGACCACCACCGUACCCACUGGAUGCUUUGGAGCCUCAUAUGAGCCGUUCAACAUUUGAAUACCAUUGGGGAAAGCAUCACAGGGCUUAUGUAGACAACCUCAACAAGCAAAUAGCCGGAACAGAACUCACCGGAAAGACACUAGAAGAUGUAAUCGUUGCUACAUAUAACAGCGGAAAUCUCCUUCCACCCUUUAACAAUGCUGCUCAGGUCUGGAAUCACGAUUUCUUCUGGGAGUCCAUGAAACCAGGUGGUGGAGGAAAACCAUCUGGAGAAAUUUUAGAUUUAAUCAACAGGGACUUUGGUUCUUUUGAAGAUUUUGCCAAAGAGUUCAAGACAGCUGCAGCAACACAAUUUGGUUCUGGUUGGGCGUGGCUUGUGUACAAGGACAAGGACAAAAAACUUGCUGUGGUGCAGAGUCCCAAUGCCGUGAAUCCUCUUGUCUUGGAUCAAGUUCCGCUACUUACAGUAGACGUUUGGGAGCACGCUUACUACCUCGAUUAUCAGAACCGGAGGCCAGAUUAUAUAUCGAUCUUCAUGGAGAAUCUUGUUUCUUGGGACUCAGUCAGUUCGAGACUUGAAUCUGCUAAGGCUGGUGCUGCUUAGGGGGAAAGAGAAGAACCAGGCGAAUAAAAAGGAGGCUGGAAGAAUAAUGGAACAUCAAAUUCUGAAGCAUUAGUAAUGUAGUUUGAAAGCGAUGAACCUGUGGUUGAUUUGUUUCUCUGGGUAGGAUCAUAGCUCUAUCAGUCAUGUUUUUCUAGUUAUGUUUUGAACAGCGUGAAUGUAUGGAAUGUGUGGUCAAUAAGGGAAUAAAGAACUUUUUGUGAUAAAUUUCUAUUACGUUUUUAAUAGCGUUAAUGCA